AGGACACGGGACCAGCUGCUGUCCAUGCACCCACUGCACGGUGAUAGUGACCAACUGCUCACAGAAGUAAACCCCCAAGCACUGAACAGACUUUCAACCUCAGAAAACCCUGACAUGCAGAUGACUGCAUCCGUGUUUUAUCUGCAUCUCAGUCACCACUUGAAAUCCCCCUUACCAGACAAGUUCUUGGAGCCUGUUAUUACUUUACUUUUCUCACCUGAUGUGGACGUCCAAAAGACCAUCUCACUGUCCCUGGUCAAUCUUUUAGCCAAGAACAAUGUGUGUAAAGAGCUGGUGAUUGAAAUGGGGAUCCUCAUGCCUAUAAUGGAGUUGUUCCAGUCGGAUGAUCAUGCAGCUCAGUGCCCCUCCUGUGCAUGUGUCGCCAUGCUUGCCACUUCAGAAUCCAACACAGAUGCUGUCAUGGUGGACGGAAUCAAACCUCUGUUGGCUUUAGCAAAGUCCUACGAUCCACAGGUGCAACAGGAUGCAACCUGGGCCCUGUUACAUCUCACACAGUCAGAGCGAUCGACCAAACUCUUAUGCCAGGCAGGAGCCAUUCCAGUCCUGGUUCUUCUGCUGCAGUCCUCAGACUCAGAGCUUCAGUUUUACAGCUGCACUACCCUGUGUAACAUCGCUUUAGUCCCAGAGCUUCAUCCACAGCUGCUCAGAAUUGGCGGGCGAUAUUUGUUAAAGUCUCUUGUGACUUGAAUGUCUUCUUCUGUGCAAAAGAAUUCAGCCCAAGCAUGCAGAUGCCUACAAACUCUUGCAAAGAAUGCUUUGAUCCAGGAGCAGCUGAUGGAGCUGGUGUGGAACUGUGUGUUACCCUUGAAAGCACUGCUGAACACAUCUACUUGUGUAUGGAGACAGUCUGCCAUCACACUGCUCUCCACACUGUCUGCACACCCAUCCAAUCAGGAUGUCCUGGUGAGUGAAGGGCUGGUGGAUGUGAUCGGUCAGCUGUUACACCAUCACAGGUCCAACUCUUUUAUUAUCACCCACAGCUCUGACAUAAUAUCUCACUUGCGCAGCUCACACAUGGGUCAGCAGGCUGUGAUGGAAAGUCUGUGUGUACCAGGACUCCUGUUGGCGCUUGUGAGUCCAGCUGUGUCAGAGGAGACCUUGGUCCAUGUGACAUCAUGUUUACACCAUCUGGAGACCUUGGAUGCACUUAGAUCUUAUGUGUCAGUGACACUUACAUCAGAAUACAUUUCAAGACUUGUAGAUUUGUUUGGACAAAAAGCCAGUCUUCUACUGUCGUACAGCUGUGCUUCUGUCAUAAACCAACUAGAGAUGACAGAGGAGAUGUUCCAGAUAUUGAGAGCACACUAUAGUAACAUAUUUGAGUACCUGUUGGUGUUUCUCAAGAAGGAGGAUGUUCAAUUCCAGCAGCUGGGAAUAGCAACCAUAUUCAACCUAAAGAAAGAUGGACAGUUUUCAGCCCUUUUGAAAAACAGUGAUCUUGAGCUCCAGCUUCAGACAGUUCACGUGCAGACUGAGGAAACCAAGCGGCUGCUGCACAUGCUUCAGUCUUGGUCUCCAUCUUCUUCUAACUGAAGAAUCACUUCAUACAAACCGGGAGGGAUGUGCAUGCUGCAGUCUUGUAGGUGUUUACAUUCAUUCACAUUUUUAUUCAAAUAUUCACCUUCUUCUUAUUGUGUUAAUGUAUGGCUAGGCAAUAUGGCUAAAAAUUGUUCUCAUUAUCAAUCAUUAUUUCUUUCAUGUUUAACCCU